GGUAGAAGUCGACUAGGACAGCCGGAAGGUGAACGAGCGACUGCAGCAGGACUCCGAACAUGGAGCCUAUUGCGUCCUGGAGCGAGCGCAGAGUCACCGAGUGGCUCCAAGGUCUUGAUGCCCCCAUAAAUCAGUACCCAGUCUCAGAAUGGCACUUAUCGGGUGUGGAACUGCUCCAGUUGACUUCCCAGGACUUGGAGAGGUUGGGAAUCCAUAAGAUUGGACACCAGGAGGUGAUUUUGGAGGCUGUGGAGAAACUCUGUACUUUGACUUAUGGCAUUGGAGGGGAGAACAUCAGAAGUUUGACAGAGAAGCUGCGGAGUGUUGCCAACAGCUUGCAGAUGGACAUCCAGAGCCGCUGGCGCCUCAACGGCUACGACGGUCAGACAUCCACCAAGCUGCCAUCCAACAUUCUUCAGAUUGUUGUGGAAGUCAUUACAUCCGCUAAAGGCCUUUAUUCACUGCUCAACAGGUGUCAGUGUUUGCAGCUUUAUGGAUUCAGUUCUUCAAAAAACAUAUUCAGUUACUGCAAAGAGCUUGGCGACAUUGUGCACAAGGACACCACAGUCCACGAAAAGGAAAAAGACAUCAUCCCUGUGUGCCGUCAACUGGUGGCGUUUUGUGAUGAGAUCCUGAACUCCUGCCCUGAAGCUCUUCUCGCCCAGUCAGCUCAGCUGGAGAGCGUGGACUUGGUUCUCGUGUCGCCUGGUGAUCAGCUGGGGAUAGAGAUAGCAUCCACCAGCUCCAGCAACCACUACGUGACCAGAACUGCAGCUGAGGCUUCUAAUGAUCAGGUGUCAAAGAUCUCGGCCGGGGAUGAAGUGGUUCAAGUCAAUAGCCAGAUAGUGGUGGGUUGGAGCAGAGAUAAUCUCAUAAAGAAGCUGAAGGAGAAUCCCAGCGGAGUGACUCUGAUCUUAAAGAUCCCCAGAUCAGAUCGACACACGGAACCCCUUCAAGUCCCCACAAUACAGACGGAGGACGAGAGGGAGAAGCCAGACGAAGAAGAAGAAAGGGCCGACGAGGAGGAGAAUCCAAGACACUCCAUAUUUGAGAGAGUUGCAGCUUCUGUCAGGUCCUUGUCUUUUAGGCGAGCCGUUUAUGGGCCAGCGGUUCAGCAGCAGCCUAUGGGACAGGAAGAGUCCGAGGUGUUUUCUGACAACGAACUCGAGAGAAGAACAAGUGAAACUUCAAUUUAUAGCCAGCAAGAGAGACUUUCUCCCCCAGCAGCCAAAGGGGUGUUUGGGAGUUUUGAAAACCUGAGGCUGUCCCCGAGCCUCCGGAGAGACCGCUCCCCCUCACGAAGAAGCCCUUCACCUCAAAAACUCAAAGACUUCAGCUCCUGCCCUGAUAUGGUGGGACACACGGCAAACAAAGAGACUAAGAAAAUCUCAUUUAAAGGAAUGACCACAGCUUUAAGCCGGCGCCGAGUGUCCUGUCGAGAAUUGGAUCACCCUGACUGUGAUGGCUGGCUCUGGAAGAAAAAAAAGGAGAGCUCCAUCUUUACUUCCCAGAAGUGGCAGCGUUUCUGGUUUGUCCUCAAGGGGUCAAGCCUUUACUGGUAUACCAGCCCACAGGAGCUGAAGGCUGAAGGCCUCGUCAAUGUAGCCAGCUACACUUUAGAGAGCGGUCGAGAACACGGCAGAAAAUAUGUUUUUCAGCUGAGACACAAAAAAUUUCAGAACUUCACCUUUGCUGUUGAUGAUGUGACAGACAUUAGCAAGUGGAUCAACAGCAUAGUGACCGCGAAACAGAAUGACAAAAAAUCACAGAGAGCAGCAGAAAGAGAAGAAGAAUGCUACAGUGAAACUGAGUCAGAAGGUGAAUCGUCUCCUUCAUCAGGCAGAAAAAAUAAGAAGCUGCAGGUCAGCACUCUGCCUCGACCGAAGAAGUCCAGCAGGGUUCCAUUAUUGAGUUCGCCAGCAGAGGACAGCAAAGGAACAAGUGGCUCAGUGGAUGAGAUGGGCAUAAUGUUGAACAACUUGAAAGAAGGAGGAGUUUCUCUGAUUGGUCACGAGCAGCCGAUUACCCAUGACCACUUCAGGAGGUCCUUUAUUCGCCGCAGCAAGAAUCCUGUUAUCAAUGAAAAGGCCCAUAAACUCAGGACUUUAAAAAGUACUCUGAAGGCCAGAGAAGCGGAGCUGCAGCUGAUCAGUAACAUCCUGGACGACAGCAAUUUGACAGGGUCCAAGUACCGUCAGUGGAAGGAGGAAAACGAAGACCUGUUUCAAGAAAUUGCUAAAACGGCUGCUCCCCAAACCUCUACAGCAGAAGUUGAUGCUGCCCCGGUAGAGGUCACGCCCACUGAGGAGGUUACCUUGGAAACUGUUGCUAAGGAAACAGCAGGAGCAUGCAGAAUCAGCCUGACUGAUGGUGAGCAGCUUGUCGAUGCGGAGCUUUCUGAUGUUCUCAUGGAGAUCCCGGAGGACUGUACGGGUGCAGAGAUGAGCCCGGUGCUGGAACUGUCUUUGGGAUCGUUGAAGGAGUCGAUAAACAAAGAAGUGGGGGAAAUAACAAAGGCCGGCGAACCUGCUGAACAUUACUUCUACAUCUAAGACUGCAUAGCAGUAGAAGCAGUAGUAGUUGCAUUUGUCUUAGUUCAUCAAAGUCAAAUGAACAGGGGCUGUUUGCAGAAAUUUGUGUGACGGAUUUCUGCUAAAAGGUCACUUGGAGCUGCCUCUAUUUUAAAGCUUGAAUCAAGUAACAAAAAAAAAAAAUCCUCCACGACUUUUUUCAUCUUUUGUAGAUGAUAAACUUAUAACCAGUUUACAGAUGGAAAAAAAAAAA